UCUAGUUGUUCUUUUGCCGUAUUAGACUUCCAGCACCCCCCUGUUAAUCAUCUGAUAUCUUUAGGUAAACCAGACAAGUCAGGCAUUAACGUGAGCAUUUCGGAAGGCUGAACUAUGCUGGAAGUAAGAAACGAGGGUUUCACACUCGGUCCUACGGUACUAUAUUGGCCAUAAAUAAUUGGGGUCGAAAGGUAUGUAGCUUCCACCAACCCUCGUCGGGUUGGCGUGGGAGGCAGUGAAUGACAUCUUUGGAGGCUCACGGAGUACAGCUGCAGCCCCCCAAUAUCACGAAACGCCCUGUUGGGUCUGUACGAGGGACACAACAGCCUAGUGUACAGCCUCCAGUCCACAGCCUACAGGGCCCCUGGAUUGCAUUCCCUGUACUCGUAGCUGAUAUGUUCCGGCCCUGAACUGCCAUUCCAGGAUCUUCCCUUGGGACUACUUGGCUCGGGUGACUCCGGGGAUGUGGCCAUUCCCAGGUCCCCACCAACCUGAACUGCCACUAACCACGUUACAACCUAACCCUAUGGUGAUAUUCAACUAGACUACGUCCACUCUCGGUGCAGACCCCUUCAACCUUUUCUCCUCUUCUCCCGCACAUUUCAACACGCUGGACGGAGAAAUACAAUCAAUCGCCCACGAUGGAAUUCUAUCUAUUGAACCUUGCUAUCUUCGUGGUGCUUAAUGCGCUGCUGGCCUAUCGCGAAUGGCGACAGAAGGAAGAUGUAGAAACCGAAAAGGAGAGCGAUGCAAGAAAAUUGGUGGCUUCGAACGACACAAAAGCUCUAUUAAAGGUCUUCAAAUGGAAGUUUGUCCCGAUUUAUCUGUUGGUAAAUGGAGCAGAUUGGUUGCAGGUACGUCGUCCAAGGGAGGCAUGGGAACAGUCAAAUACUAACCUCGAUAUCAGGGACCGUACAUUUAUCCCCUUUACAAAGGUAUGCCUUCUACCCUAUAUUCUCUACAAUGCAAAAUUGCCUUGGCUUGGUAGUAUCUAUGACACCAAUGACGUAUUUCAAUUCAUACUGGACUAAUGCGACAUCCAUAGAUGAAAAAGGACUCGCCGAAGAGGUCGUAGCAGCACUCUUCAUGACCGGCUUCCUCGCUGGAGGUGUAUCAGCUUCCUUUAUUGGAAAGCUUGCAGACAAACAUGGACGUAGGAUGGCAUGUCUGGUGUUCUGCGUGUUAUAUUCGUUAUCCUGCCUGACCCUCGUUACCGACGACAUCCUGAUCCUUUUCCUCGGUCGAGCCCUCGGAGGCAUCAGCACAACCCUCAUGUACACCGUAUUCGAGAGCUGGAUGGUCACUGAAUACAAUAAACUGUUUCCUGACGAGCCAGGAAGCACAUUGAGUGGAAUAUUCAGCAUUAUGACGAUAUUGAAUAGUGUCGUUGCUAUCACAGCUGGUGUCAUUGCGGAAUGGGCCGCGGAUUUGACUGGGACUCAGAAGGCACCUUUCAUGACUGCCGUUGGAUGCUUGAUUGCUGCAUUCUUUAUGAUUUCUUCGAAUUGGGUAGGUUUUGUUACUUGAUUUUGUGGAAUUCAUGUUAAUUCUAUUUUUAGAGUGAGAAUUAUGGUGAAGCCGCCAGUGGUAGAUCAGAUGUUGAACAAAUGGAACCACCAAGAAAGAGCACCUGGAGAUUGUUUAUGGAUGGUAAGAAAAUUCUUUGCAAUAAUCAUGAAUUGUGUGGAGCUAAUUACUUGCUAGAUAAACGACUACUUGCUCUUGGUGCUACCUCCUGUUUCUUCGAAGGCUCCAUGUACAUUUUUAUCUUCUUCAAAUUUCCCGCAUUGAAGCUCUCCCAUAAGCUCACAGGAGCUGCAGAUGGUAAGUAUUCAUUCUCUAUUAUUACAGAACCCAAUCUAACAGGCAAAAACAGACCUUCCGUUCGGUCUAAUCUUCGCAAUCCUUAUGUGCAGCAUGAUGUUAGGUUCCAUGCUCUACAACUACCUCAUAACAUCCCACUCCUCCAUCCCACCCACCAAAAUCCUCGUCGUCAUGUUGAGCGUGGCCGCAGCAUCCUUCUUCAUCCCCGCCCUCAUCCGUGACGAGCGAAUCACAUUCUGGUGUUUCUGCGUUUUCGAGCUCUGUUGUGGAAUCUACUUCCCACUGAUGGCCUACCAGAAAGGAAAGGUGAUUGAUGAUAGUGUUCGUGCGAAUGUGUAUGGACUGAUGAGAGUGCCGUUGAACGUCUUUGUCGUGUUGGUUUUGAGUACCACUAGGGAGGGUAUGUCUUCUACUCCUAAUCCCUUCCAUCCCUUUUUUCCAUCUGUACUAACCUUUCUCCAGGACCUCAACAUCGCGACUUGGUCUUCACAAGUUGUAGCGGGCUGCUCCUUGCAUCUGUUGCCAUCAACAGCUAUUUCCUGUAAAACAAGGUGGAUGGCUUUAGAGGGGCCUAUUUCUCGGCGUUGGAUAUCCUGGGAAAGGUGAUGCAUUUGGAUGCGAGAUUUCUUCAUUUCGCGAUAUAGACUGGGAUAGAUUGCUGGGAAUCUGGUGUUUGGAGUAUGAAUGAAUGUCUGUUUCCUUUUUUUCAGAGAGGAUGAUUUUUUGGCUAUCAUAGUAUCAUUUUGAGAAUGAGAUUGGAGCUUCUACUUUUUUUUGGUUACAGUACUGUGUGCUUUGGUCUUCUCUUGGGCUUGUGAAUGGUGGGUUGGUUAUUCUGGGACUUAGUAUAACUUACUAUUUACCUCAGAAUUAUAUUCACAGCCAAA